UCUCUCUUUCAGUGCUCAGCCACCAGCUCUGCCCGUGUCUCCUCCACCUAGAAGCUGCUCUCACGGUACUUCUGCUCACUUCCGGCAACCUUAAAGAUCACAUCAACUCCAUUACCACAACCAUCGACGCACGUACACAUUUUUGUUUAUGGCCAUGGCUACCACAUAUCAGAAAAUCAAGAAAAUCACUCAAGGCCGAAGGAAGAUUGAAAUAAAGCAACUGGAAAAUAAAAGUACCAAGCACGUCACAUUCUCCAAGCGGCGGGCAGGCCUCUUUAAGAAGGCAAGCGAGUUGUGCGUGUUAUGCGGCGUCGAUAUAGCCAUCAUAGCUUACUCUCCUGGAGAAAAGGCCUACUCCUUCGGCCACCCCAACGUCGACACGGUCCUCAACUCUUAUCUCACUGGAAACGCUCUCCCUGCAUACUCAGCCGUGAAUCCUUGGCCAGUGGAAGAGUUUAAUAAAGAGUACGCGGAGUCUCUCAAGGAGUUGGAGGACGAGAAGAAACGGUUGGCAAAUAUUGAUCAUCAGGAUCUGACGUCGAAGAAGAAGAUGGGGAACAAUAAUAUUGGGUUCUUGUGGGACGAGCCGAUCGAUGAGAUGGGGAUAGAGGAGCUGGAGCAGUACUUGGCAGCCAUGAAAGAGAUGAGGGCAAAGGCAACAGAUCAGUAUUUGAGGAUGCGAAACUCAAUAAACAAAUUGCAGACAUCAGAUUAUAAUUAUCAUGGGGGACUGGGUUAUCAUAAUGAUCAAGGGUUAGGGGAUUAUAAUCAUCAUGAGUGUGGUAAUAAUUGUCUGAGUGGAAUUAGCGGUACUGGAGAAGAUGUUGGAAGUACUAGUAGCGGUGGUUUCGGGUUAGGGAUCAAAUAUAAUUAUCAGUUUGGUAAUCCGGGUAGUGGGGGUGAAAUUGGUGGUGAUUUUGGAGCAAGUAGUUGUACUGGUUUUGGGUUAGGGAAUUACCAGUUUUGUAGUAAUCUGCAGAACAGUGCUUAUACUGCACCCGGGAGUACUGUUGGUGUUGGUGAUUAUGAGCAUCAUGUCGGAAGUAGUAGUACUGGUUAUGGAUUUGGAGUAUAGAAUGAGUAGACCUGCAUUAAUAUUGAUGCAGUUUUGGUGCGGCCUUUUCGUCCGAUAGUAGUACUACGUACGUACGUAGUCAAUUAUCUCUCUCUUAGAAACUGGUAGCUGUUAACUAGGGUUUG